AUGACAGAGCGAGAUUUUGCAGAUUCGGUGAUCAAAAACAAGGAUUUAAUACGGAAACAAGAGCAUCUUAAUGAGGACUUGCGACAAAAACAGCAUCAAAUGGAAUCAAAGUCACUGAGAAUCAACGAAUUACUGCAGGAGAACGGCUCAAUAAUGGAUAAGCUUCGAAAAGAGAGAGAUUUGAAUGAGAAGGAGUUCAAUUCGUGGUCUGAUAUGAAGGUUCAGUUAGAAAUGAAGGUUGAAUCGUUGAAAAAGAUGUUGAAGAAGAUAAAAGGAGAUAAUGACGUAAUCGAGAGUGUUCCACUUGAGCAUUGUGGGAGUAGUUCGUCUUCUACCGAGUCUAAUUUGGCAGAAAAACAUCAUCGAGAGGUGGAAAAGUUGAAGAAAAGGAUUCUGAUACUUGCCAAAGAGAACGAAUUGGAGGUUCAUUCCAAGAUGUUGAUUAUAGAUGAACUGGAGAUGUUCAAGGAGAAGUGGGGGGAAUUAGACGAGAAGUAUAAGGUAUUAAAGGGGGAUUAUGAUGGAUUAGUUGAUGAAUUUGUUGAAGAAGACGAGCAGGAAACAGAGAAAAAGGGAGAGAAGGUUGAAGAUGAUGGCCGUAGUGGGAUUUCUCUAGCCAAUGAGCUUCAGAUGUCAUCAUAUAAACUCAAAAUGCCAAAGCAGCGUUCAGGUUCUUCGAAAUCAUCGACAAGAUCUCCAUCUAUGCGUGUUUCUAGUCUUACGAAAUUCAUAAAUGACGUUGAAUUGCAUGCUCAGGAGCAAAGACACGCUCAAGAAACAAUGAAACUUAACUUCCAAAUGAGAUCACUCGAAUUACAGAACGAAAAGCUUCAUAGUUACAUUGGUUUCGUUCUUCAGCAGCUCAACAACAGAGCCAACAGAGCCAACAGUAGCUUUGAGUAUUCAGACGAAGUGAACAUUAGAAGUGCCAAAAGAAGCCUCAAAAAGGUGAUUCGAAGCGUCUCUGCUUACCCCAUAAGAACGUCCAAUAUGGAGCAGCAGCUGAAUCAUAAUGGAUCACUGUCAACCCAAAGUCUUAAUCAUAAUCGUAUAAAUAGUAGAGAUGGGUUUGUUGGUCCAACCAACAUUGAUGACAGUGACUCUGAUUUAUCUUCUGAUUACAUGGGAGGAAAGGUGGAAUACAUGGAUAUUGGAGGUAGUGAUGAUGAAGAAGAGGAUACUCAAAGCCUUAAUGCUGAUCAUUCACUGUCCGUGUCGUUUAAGAUGGAUUUUAUACCAUCCUUAACAAUGAAGAAGCGUAAAAGAUCAAAAACAUUCAAGCAUAGUCCUUUCAAUCAAGUUAAGAAGCUCAGUGUGUUUAAUUUGAGUGCUAAGAACUCAGUUAUUAGUCUACGACAGCAACAGCAGGGUUUUGAAGGGGAUGAAAUUACCCAAAAAGUGGGGUUUAGGAGCGACGAAGAGCAGCAGACGCUGGAGGGAAAGAAAGAGCAACAGACGCUGGUAGGGGAUAAAGAGAAGCAGACGCUGGUAGAAGAUGAUAGUUGCGAUGACGACGAUGAUUUUACUUACAUAAGCGAUGAUUUAAGCGACGAGGAUUCAGUUACUAUAGAAGAGAUCAAUCGAUUCAAGAUUGUGAUACUUAGAAGACUUUUCUGUCCACGUCAUUCGCUGUUCCAUUGUUUAUGUCGAUAUGACAAGCUUAUCGAUCCAGGAUACUUCUUUUUAGUUGCCAGUCCAGUUUCUGCAGUUAGGAGGAGUUUAAGAGGUCAUGGGGAUGGGAAUGGAGGGUACCGACGGAAUGAUGAAGAAUUAGAAGAAUGGGAUAUGAAUGAGGUGGAUUAA